CAUUCAUGAAAAUGAAUUUAGAAAAUUUUUAGAAGAUUCAUAACAGACUUCGUAGAGAGGUUAUAAUUGCAUUGUUGUUUGACAUAUACCAUUAUUUUUAUAAUUCUUAUAAUAUAUUGUAUAUCAUGGAUGUAAAUACUUUGCAAAAAUUUGAAUUUAAUUAAACAAUACAUAAAUAUUUUUGUGAAAAAAAUAGAAUAAGUAGAAAUGUACAUAUGUCAUAAUAACGAUACGGACAAGGUUUUCCAUAGGAUACUGUAAAGGAGUUUUCAAAACUUAUAUUUGUAUUAAUCUUAAUAGAUUUUACGCCUUACGGAUUGAGAGAUCUAUUUUAGAAUAAUUUUUAUUAUUGCAGCAUGAGCAACUUCAUAAGGACUGCAAUAUUUAAAAAGAUUAUAAAACAACUACAAAAUAUAGACAAUGCAUGUCAAUAUAAGAUUAUGUCUAAUUUGCAUAUCAUAUUUAAUAAGGAGAUUGAUACUUAUACCUUUGUACUUCCUUUAAAAUCAAAAGAUUAUAAUUUAACAAAUAAAGUGAAAGAUAUUACAGAUAAUGAUUUAAAGGGUGAUUUUGAUAAUAUUACAGUCCAAGAUAAUGCUAUACACUUCAAUGUGCUAAGAGAUAAGUAUAUAAAGCAAAUUUUAGAAAGCAAUCUUUCUGGUGUUAGACCACCACUUGUGGAUAUUAAUAAAAACAUUAUAGUAGAAUUUAGUUCACCGAACAUUGCCAAACCCUUUCACAUAGGACAUCUACGUUCUACAAUUAUAGGAAACUGCAUUGCUAAUUUAAAUAGUUUCUUCCAAAAUCAAGUUACAAAGAUAAAUUAUUUAGGUGAUUGGGGUACACAGUUUGGUUAUGUUUAUAUAGGUAUGAAAAUGGCAAACAUUGAUAAUAUAGAGAUGCAAACAGAUCCCAUUAAAACAUUGUACACAGCUUAUGUUAAUGCUAAUAAAUUAGCUAAAGAUGAUCCAAGUAUAAAUGAGAGUGCUAAGGAAAUAUUUAGACAAUUAGAAUUAGAAGAUAAUGAAGUUUAUAAAAAUUGGGAAUCAAUCAAACAGUUUACUGUCUUAGAAUUGGAAAGAACAUACAAAAGAAUAGGUGUAACAUUUGAUCGAUAUGAUUGGGAAUCUAUGUAUACAGCUAAAAAAAUAAAUAAGAUAAUUGAUAAGAUGGGAGAAAUGCAGCUGUUAAAAUUAGAUAAUGAAAAUAGGAAAGUAAUGCCUUUGAGCGAAGAAAAAAGUAUUCCUAUUAUAAAAAGUGAUGGUACAAGUUUAUAUAUAAGUAGAGAUAUUGCUGCUGCUAUUGAUAGAUUUGAAAGAAACAAAUUUGAUGCUAUGUAUUAUAUCGUAGAAAAUGGUCAAACUGACCAUUUUACUAAUUUAAUCCAAAUUUUAAAUAAAAUGAAUUUACCUUGGGUAGAUAGAUUAAAACAUGUUAAGUUUGGAAGAGUACAUGGUAUGAGCACAAGACAAGGUACAGUGGUAUUUUUAGAAGAUAUUUUGAACAAAGCAAAAGAAACUAUGAAACAAAAACAAUUGGAUGCAAAGACAACUAAGAUUCCAUUGGAUAAAAUAGAUGAGACUUCUGAAAUUUUGGGUGUUUCUGGUGUAAUUAUUCAAGAUUUAAAACAAAGUAGAAUGAACAGUUAUAAGUUUGAUUGGAAUUUAAUGCUUGAUAUGAAAGGUGAUUCUGGAAUAAAAUUGCAAUAUGCUCAUUGCCGUUUAUGCAGUUUGGAAGAGUUAUCUAGUGCUACAUUAGUAACAGAGUGUGAUUCAAGUCUUUUAAAAGAAGCAGAAGUUGAUCAAUUAAUUUUACUAAUUAGUCAAUUUGAUGAAGUUGUACUUAAAUCUUAUGAAGAAUUAGAACCAUGUGUAUUAACAAUUUAUCUUUUCCAUUUAUGUAAAGCUAUCAAUAUAGCUUGGCGCAAAUUGAGUGUAAAACACCAAUCAAAUGACUUAGGAAACCAAAGAUUAUUAUUAUUUCAUAUAGCAAGAAUUACUCUUGCCCAAGGUAUGAAAUUACUCGGCUUAACACCUCUUGAAAAAAUGUAAAUGGAAAAAUAAAACCUUUAUACAAAAUGAAAA